AAAAACUUUUCUGUUUUAGAAAUAUACAAUUUUUAUAAAUUUUAUUUAAAGAUGUCUUUAAAUCUGAAUGACGCAGCGAUGGCCGGAAACUUGGAGGAGGUUCUUAUCAGGUUAAAUCUUGGAGAGGAUGUGAAUCAGAAAUAUUACCCAAGAUACUCUACACCCCUCCAUGACGCAGUGUGCUGUGGAAGGGAGGAGGUGUGUAAACUAUUGAUAGAACGAGGAGCCAAUGUAAAUGAGUUGGAUUAUAAGAACAUGACACCUCUUAAACUUGCAAAGAGGUACGGACAGGAUGCCAUAGAAGUUAUGCUAACAGCUGCGGGAGCUAAGGAAUUUAACAAAUUUAAAAAACUAAUCUUUAAGAAAUGACACAUUGUACACUUUUU